AUGGCAGCGAAAUCCGAUGGUCGCGGGGUCGUCACCGGUUUCGCCCAGCUGCACAACCUGGACGAAGUGGUGGGGACGGGAGAGGACGACGCACGGGACGGCAGCUCCUUCCACAUCUGCCACUGCUGCAACACCUCGUCAUGCUAUUGGGGCUGCCGGAGCGCCUGCCUGCAUUACCUCCGGAGGAAGGGGAGAGGGAAGGGGAGGGAUGCGGGGAGACCACCACGGGAGGAGCGCCUCUGGCUGGACUGCCUGUGGAUCGUCCUGGCGCUGCUGGUCUUCUUCUUGGACGUGGGCACCGAUCUGUGCCUGGCCGCCGACUACUACCACAAACGGAAAAUAAUGUGGUCAGGCUUGACCCUGCUCUUUGUCCUGGUGCCCUCAGUUCUGGUCCAGAUCCUGAGCUUCAGGUGGUUUGUGCAGGAUUACACCGGUGGAGGACUGGGCUCCGUAGAGGGACUAAGCAGUCGGAGGGCUACGACUAGUUACCAGAGGGACAGAUGCUGUCGCCUUUCUGUCUGGAUCUGGCAGACCAUCAUUCACAUCUUUCAAAUGGGACAAGUGUGGAGGUACAUUCGCACCAUGUAUCUUGGGAUACAAAGUCACAGACAGAAGGAGAACCAGAGGCAGUUUUAUUGGGCUAUGAUGUACGAGUAUGCUGAUGUCAACAUGCUGCGACUACUGGAGACCUUCUUACAUAGCGCCCCUCAGUUGGUGCUUCAGCUCUGCAUCAUGAUCCAGAGCAACAAGGCUGAGUGGCUGCAGUGUCUUUCUGCCAUGUCCUCCCUGCUGUCCCUGGCCUGGGUGCUAGCUUCCUACCACAAGCUCCUCCGUGACUCCCGUGAUGACAAGAAGAGCAUGAGCUACCGAGGUGCCCUGGUGCACCUGUUCUGGCGCCUUUUCACCAUCUCUUCACGGGUGCUUUCCUUUGCCCUUUUUGCCUCGGUUUUCCACAUCUACUUUGGCAUUUUUGUGGUGCUCCAUUGGUGUGCCAUGGCUUUCUGGGUUAUCCAUGGCGGCACUGACUUUUGCAUGUCUAAAUGGGAAGAAGUACUGUUCAACAUGGUAGUGGGGGUUGUCUACAUAUUUUGCUGGUUCAAUGUACGUGAGGGUCGGACACGUUACAGAAUGGUGGCCUACUACACUAUUGUGUUGUUGGAGAACGCUAUCCUGACCUCACUUUGGUACGCAUACCGCGAUCCAGCUGCCACUGACGCCUAUGCCUCUUUUGCCAUCUGUGGCGUCUUCCUGUGCUUUGCCUCAGGUGUGGCCUGUAUGAUUCUCUACUAUGGGGUCCUACACCCCAUGGGUCCCCGACUGAGGAUGUUGGCUAGCUCCUGUUGUGCUGAGCUGCUAUGGGGCCUCCCGUUACCACCUGAAGCUGAGCCAAUGGCUCCCACGCCGGGGCCUCGUGGCUCCCAGGCUACCCCUACACGAGGCGUGGCAGGGGAACAAAUGGGGUUAGAUGAAACAGCUACAGACACAUGCCUUCCAGUUUUCCAAGUGAGGUCCACAGAGCCUGUAGAUGCAUCGGGCAGGCCUAUCCCACCUGAGGGCCCGCUUAUUAAAAUAGAUAUGCCCAGAAAACGCUACCCAGCCUGGGACGCACACUUCGUCGAUCGACGACUGCGCAGGACCAUAAAUGUACUGCAGUUUGUUAGCCCCAAUGCGGUGGGCAUCAGGUAUAGGGACGGUCCUCUCCUUUAUGAACUUCUACAGUACGAAUCCUCUCUCUGAAGGUCCUUCCCACAGCUCUAUUCCACCUUUUACUCAGAAUGAUGCACAUGCUUUUCAUUUCUCCUCAGAUGUUACAUUAAAUUUUUUCUCGGGCUCUCUUCAUCACUCCUCAAUAAUCUGAAGGUUUUCCAGUUUUCCUGGACGUGUUUUUUGCCAACCAAAAACCUAACAGAGCAAACUAGACACAGAUUCAAGAAUUAUUUUUUGGAAGACAAAAAAA